AUGAGUUAUCUGGUCCAAGAAAUUGAAUCAUCGUCAGAAACUGAGGACGACGGCCAUGGGAAAGUCGGCAGUAUGUCAUUCGACAAUGGUCACAAGAGUGGCGACGAUUCGUCAUCGUCGUUGCCAGUUAUGAACAUGGACAUGCCCAUGAACGGCUCGGAAAGGGACGUGUUGCGGGAACAGGAUCGGUUUCUGCCGAUAGCAAACGUUUCGAGGAUCAUGAAACGUUCGAUCCCAGAAAAUGGCAAGAUCGCCAAGGACGGAAAGGAGUGCUGUCAGGAAUGUGUUUCUGAGUUCCUAUCGUUUCUCACUGGCGAAGCUUCUGAGCGCUGUCUGUCUGAGAAGCGCAAGACUAUCAAUGGUGAAGACUUGCUAUGGGCGAUGCAAACGCUCGGCUUUGAAAACUACGUCGAACCGCUCAAGUUGUAUUUGGCUAAGUACCGAUGCGCAUGCAAGGGCGAAAAGCUGCCUGAAAAUGUCGCCAUGAUGACCACGGGGCCUUCGCCCUCCGCCGCUCCAACUCCUGGACAGGAAGGAGAAAUGAACCAGCCUGUUUUCUCAGGCUCUAAUCAGAUCCUGUUAGACGUUUCAGGUGUUGAUUCUGGUCAGGGAGAACAACACGUUGCCGUUCCGACGGUGACCACCAAUGGGCAGAUCGCAUUCUUCACUCAGCCAGGCACCAACCAACAGAUACCGGUCAUGUAUCUGGAACCAAUGCAGACCAGCUCCCAUCAGUCUUCCCCGGGGGGUGGCGGGCUACAGCAUUACGUCACCUUGAACACGGCGCAGGGAGUACAGUUGCUGCAGUUGACGCCGGUCAACACGUUGAAUACGGCUGCUGUGCAGUUGGCCCCCGUUACCGCAUUGAACACCCUAACGCUUCCCUCCUCGAACGUAGUCGUCGAGCAAGAGAACUAGGC